AUGUUGGGAUCCUAAUCCAGAAAAUAGACCUGAUGCUAAUGAAAUAGCAGAAUGUUUUGGAAAAUAUCAUCAUAAUCCUUCUAGAGAAGCAAUGGACAUUAUUGAAUUAGCAGAAGAAUUCCUAACAAUUAUCAUUGAAGAAAAUUAUUUGUUAGAUGAUAAACAUCAUUCAGAAUCAUUCUAUACAAGUCGUUCACUAAGUGAGUUAAUUCAGCAAGUUGAAUUAUUAAAUCUUUUUUCAAUGGAAUCAAUGGAAUCAGUUCAGUAG